AUGUCACUACAGAACUUCACUUGAAGUUCAGUCGAUUAGUUCUCUUGGUAGUCAGAAAGCACAAGGUCGAGAGGAGACAGCUUCUAGAGAUAUCACUGUUUGGAUCAUUUGCAGCAUAUUUUCAAAACAUUUUUUGAGAGAAAUGGAGACUCAGAUGAAGGAAUUCUUCAAAGAGGAGGCUCAAUGCCAGGAAGAUGGACGGAACAAAAGUCUAAAUCAGGAUGCCGGUAAUUCUUCUGAGGAGGAAGUUAACAGACUAAAGACUCUCUUGGAUACAGAAAGAGCCAAAUUCAUCAAGGAACACCAGAGAGCAAAUGAUUUGGAAGAGGAACUGCAAAGCGUAAAACUGAAGCUAGAAAAAUGCCAGUUUAAUGGAAACGACGUUGACGUAUGCAGUGAGGCAAACAAAGGAACCAAUGAACUUCUUAUGGAAAAUAAAGCCCUCCAAGAAGUUCUUGCCAAGCUUGAAACCAACAUUAUUAAUCUAGCAGAACAGGUGGAAACAUUACAGGAAGAGCUGGAGGUAGAAAAAUCUGCUAACGCUCAAACAAAGACAAACAGCAGUUUUUUUAAGAUCCUGAAAGGUGAAAAUCCAGCUCAGACUAUAGACAUAAAGAAGGCCAUGACACUACUGAAGAAGACGUCUGCAGAGAAGGAGAGGCAUUUGACAGAAGAACUGAAAAAGAUGACAGAUUCUUACCAAGACUUACAAUCCAACUAUGAUACUUCUGUUAAAACCCUUGGACAACAAGUGGAGUCAUUACAGAUGAACCUUAGAGACAAUGAAGAAGCGCAUGCUGAAGUUUUGAAAAUGAACCAGAUGCUUUAUUCAAAUUUAGAAUCAGAAAAUCAGGCUCUUCGUGCACAAUUAUCAUCUCUGCAAAACGCUACCACAGAGAAAGAGACAUGUCUCCAGAGGGAACUGGACCAAAUGAAAGAGGAAAACCUGGAAUUGACCAAAAAAUUAGAGACAGAUGUUGUAACCCUUAAAAAACGGGUAUGUUCACUGGAGCGGGAGCUGAAGGAUGACAAAGAAGCUCAUGAUGAGAUGGCGAAAAUUAACAAACUGCUUUAUGCACAGUUACAGGCAGAGAAUGAAACGCUUCAUCAAAAAUUGGCUUCAACGCAAGAUGCUUCCAAAGAGGCGGAGAGAUGCAUCCAGAAAGAGCUGGACCAAGUCAAAGAUGUGACUCUAGAAAUGGUCCAAAAAUAUGAGAUUGAUAUUUUAGCCCUUCGGGAGGAAAUACAAUCAAUGGAGCAAGAACAUAGAGACGAGAGAUAUCGUCAUGCGGAGGUUGAGAUAAGGAACGGGAAGAGAGCAAAAUUCCUCCAUGCUGAGAAGAACCUGCUGCAGAAGGAACUCGAUGAAGUAAAACGAAAGCUCUUCUUAAACGAGGUAAAGCAUAAAGAAGAACUGGAUGCAUCGACUGCUGAGAUUGAACGGCAACUUGCACGCAAUCAUCAGAUCUCAGAGGAGCUAAAACAGAAGGAUCAGAAAAUUGCAGAGGCAAAGGCUCCCCUCCCAGUGAAGAAGUCGUUAAUAAAAAAGUUUCGCCAUGCUCUGGGUUUGAGAAAACCAGAAAAAUGGAAGAGAAAGAAGGCAUCUGAAGAAAACAUGUAACAUUUGUUCACGUUACAGGUCAAAACCAUCAGGCUUCUCACAAUAAUGGAUGGAUGAAGAUUUGGAAUUCAUUACAAAUUACCAAGUGCAAUCUACUUCCGAGGUCUCUGUUCGUGUGGAUAUGAUUGUUUGUCUCUGUGAUGGACUGGCGACCUGUCCAGGGUGUACUCAGCCUCUCGCCCGUUGACCACUGGAGAUGGGCACCAGCACAGAUCUCAAUGGGAUAAGUGUGUAGGAAAAUGGAUGGAUGGGACGAAGGGAUGAAAUUGGAUAAAUCCAUAUAAUUAGAGGUGUGGUCUGGAUGUGACCCUCCUCCUGAACUUAAGUUAACAUAUUGACUUCAAUUCACCAGCACAGACCACAACACAAAGAUAUAAGUUUAAAGAUUUAGAAAAGAAGGCAUGAUGCACAGUGGCGCAGUUGGUAGAACUGUUGCCUUGCAGAAAGAAGGUUCUGGGUU